GGCGUUACAGAACGCACCCCUUGCAAACUGGGAAGACCAAGGCUGGAUAGAUAUCUCCAACGCCCAAUUGUUCAAGGCUAUAGCAUACCACCUGAGACGACGCCCCUCCCCAACCACUUUCCAGUGGGUUAAAGGACACAGUAAGGUCACAGGAAACGAGGAAGCAGACCGACUCGCCCAAAGGGGCGCACAAAAAAUAGUUGCUGACGACGUAGACACCUACGUGCCUAGGAAUUUUGACCUCCAAGGAGCGAAGCUGAGAACAAUCAGCCAAAAAACAGCAUACAUAGCAAUCAUGAGAGGAAAACGCGUAGAAACCAAAAGGGCGACCUUAGCCCUACUAGAUGUUACAAGAUACGCCCUAGAAACAAUAACAUCGACAAUAGAAACCGAUACAACAAUCUGGCAAAGCUGUAGAAACAAGGAGCUAUCCAAAAAAAUCCAAAUGUUCCUAUACAAAACGUUAAACAACGCGUUCAAAAUCGGCGAUUUUUGGACCCAAAUACCCACAUUCGAGCAUAGAGCCCGACGCCAAUCAUGUAGAGAAGAUACGGAAUCCAUGGAACACAUACUGAUGCAAUGCAACCACCCGACGAGAAAACGAAUAUGGGGCCUGGCUAAAAGCCUAUGGCCCACCAAACACGGCCCCUGGCCCGAACCGACGAUAGGACUCAUCCUUGGAUGCGGGGCCCUCUCCCUCCCACAACUACCCCGAGACCGAAACCCCGAUGAUGGUCAGAAUACGGACAACAGCGUCGUCAAACGAUGGACCAAUGCAAUAAACCGACGCCUACAACUGGACAGAGCGAUUGCAUGUAAAUCGAAACGAACCCCAAAAGCGACGACACACGUCCACAACACGUGGGCUGAUGUAAUCGACAUCGACAAAAACACACAAACACGCACAAACGACUGGGUGACCACCCUAGAGGUUUUAGUGGGUAUCAAACUACCAAGGCCCCCGCAGACCGAGGUUACCAGGUAGUAUACGGAGUCCCACACUACUCCCAGACGCGGAGUGUACAUAAGUAGCAUUU